UGAUUCACACGAGCGAAAGCGAAAUGUAGUAGCCACUAAAUUUUCUACCGACCUAGUGUCUUCAUAUAAACUUUGCCUCCUCUGAUUCUCCAGAACACAGUUGCAUCCCAAUAGAAAGGAAAUGGCUAGUGUUGAGGAGGAGAGAACAACAACAGGAUGGGCUGCAAGAGAUUCAUCUGGAAUUCUCUCACCCUACACCUACACUCUUAGAGACACAGGCCCAGAAGAUGUUUACAUCAAAGUCCUGUGCUGUGGAAUUUGCCACACUGAUAUUCACCAGGCUAGAAAUCAACUUGGCAUGUCACACUAUCCAAUGGUUCCUGGGCAUGAAAUAGUCGGUGAGGUGGUGGAAGUGGGAUCAGAUGUGACCAAGCUCAAAGUUGGUGACGUAGUCGGAGUUGGGCUCGUCGUAGGUUGCUGCAGCAAUUGCAAUCCAUGUAAAACAGACAACGAGCAAUACUGCAACAAAAAAAUCUGGACAUAUAGCGAUGUUUACUCCGAUGGCAAGCCCACCCAAGGCGGUUUUGCUGGUGCCAUAGUCGUCAAUCAAAAGUUUGCAGUGAAGAUACCGGAUGGCAUGGCUCCGCAGCAGGCGGCGCCACUACUUUGCGCCGCUGUGACUGUGUAUAGCCCUCUUCGGAAGUUUGGUCUGAAUGCUAGUGGACUAAGAGGAGGAAUACUGGGACUUGGAGGUGUGGGACACAUGGGGGUGAAGAUAGCGAAGGCCAUGGGACACCAUGUCACUGUGAUAAGCUCUUCUGAUAAGAAGCGACAGGAAGCUUUGGUGGAUAUUGGGGCUGACGAGUACUUGGUUAGCUCUGAUGCCGCAAAAAUGCAAGAAGCUGCUGACUCUCUAGAUUACAUUAUUGAUACAGUGCCUGUGUUCCAUCCUCUUGGGCCAUACCUUCCUUUGCUGAAACUCGAUGGGAAAUUGAUCUUGCUGGGUGCUAUUGAGACCCCUCUACAAUUCCUCUCCCCCAUGAUCUUGCUUGGGAGAAAAACAAUCACGGGGAGCUUCAUAGGGAGCAUGAAGGAGAUGGAGGAAAUGCUUACAUUCUGCAAAGAGAAAGGAGUAACAUCAAUUAUUGAAGUGGUUAAAAUGGAUUACAUCAACAAAGCCAUCGAGAGGUUGGAGAAGAACGACGUUAGGUAUAGGUUCGUUGUGGAUGUUGCUGGCAGCAAUCUUGAUCAAUGAGAAACAAAAAUCAAGAUCGAAUGCCCUAUUUCUUCAUCACGCAGUUACCUUUUAUUUAUUUAUCUAUAAACUAAAAAAUUAAUAUAUAAACAUAAAUGGUCUUCCAUACUAUUUGAUGCUUGGUCAUCAGUUGGUUUGUUUUGAAUCUGUGAAUCUUUAUCUAGCACUACUAGUGAUUCUGAUGAUGAGGUCAUUGUGUUUGUGAGGAUGGUAUGAAAUUAACCUAGGCCUUUGAAAUUGUUAUGUAUUCAUGUGACAAAAA